AUGUUGAAGCUAAAACCGAAAAUUUCGCCAUUCACUCGGCUGUCCACCGAAAUUAGACAAUCGUCACAGUGGGUCAAGGCAAGCGGGUCAUCAACCACGGAGGACGUGAACAUUGAGAAACUGUUCGUGGAAAAAAAUGUGCAGAAGCUAUUGACAGAUUUGACGGAUAUCGAUCUCGAACAUAAAGUCUUCCGCCCCAGAAGAACAUCUAUUCAACAAAGAUCACAUUUCGCACUAAUGACUGACGAGCGACUUGAAAAGACUCGUGAAAGAAUGAGGGAAGAAGCUAGACGGUUCCUUCAAUUCGUUCCAGUGAAAGAACCUCGUCAGGAAACCGUUCAAACAUUGGCAAAAGAUGCAGAGCUGAAAGAUUUCGAUACAAGCAAAUUCGUUUUCACGGAUAUUACAUUCGAUGCCACUGAUCAAGAUCGUACAGUAGUUGUCAGAGAACCAGAUGGAACUCUAAGAACUGCCAAUCCAGAAGAGCAUGAUAGGAUGAACAGGACGUAUUAUCAGAAACCUAACCGUCCAGUCAACCCACCACCGCUUUUUUCGGAUCCUUAUCUUCAACAGGCUCUUGAUAAGAACGAACAUGAGUUUGUACUCGAUUGGUCGUGCUGGUUUUAUGAACCCGAUGACCCAGCUUUUGUCCGUUUGAGUCAACUCAUUUUUGAUAGAAUCAAUGAAACUAACAAGUUCCAUGUGAUCACUUCAACUCGACAUUUUGGAUCGUUCGUGUUCUACUUGGCUCUAAAUGACGACAUUCCAAAGCUUCUUAACUACUUUGGUAGCUUCGGCCGGUUAUCGGAUUGUGCCAAUCUUAUUCGACUCCAAAAGGCAGUGAAACCAGAUUGGAGAGUUACUAUUGCUCAAGGCGAUUCCGAAGAAAAAAUUGUGAAAGAUUUUAUAAAGCAGAACGCUCGUUUCCGGGAUCAGAUCGGCGAUUUGUUAAAUUUCAUCAAUAACGGAAAAGUGAAACAAGAUCAAGAUUUGGAAAAACAAACUUUCGGAGUUAGAGAACGAGUUGGAAGAAUGGACAGGAGAAAAGCACGUAUUACAUCAGCUAAUGUUCGUGGUGUUGAAGGACCAUUGGCCGAGUUGAGUGAAGAGUAUCCCGUGAAAGUGGUAAAAAGUGAAGGUAGUGGGGAAAGAGAUGCGGUUGAGAAGAAAGACGAAGGACGAGGAAAAGGAAGAUGGAGAAGUCGAGAUCAAAAUUCAAAAGAAGAUAAGAAGAAGGAUUGA